UUUUUGAAUCAUAUUUAUUAUAUUUUUUAGAUAUUAUUUUACAAACGGUAAAAAAUGCCUCUGAUUGACAUAACAAAUCCGGCGAUCAUCAUAUUUUUGAUCGAAAACUAUGAAAAAGAGAACCGGUUACGACUUAAUUGGAUUCACAAGAAUUGGGAACGUAUACAGCAAGCCGCAACUCUCACUCGGGAGCCGACAAACUAUUUUGAGACUGACGUCAUCGCCCACAGCAUGAUCAACGGUUUGCAGACCAUCACAAGAGAUCAUAUUGUGGCUAAGAAUAAUAGACGCAAAACCCCAAUACGUGACGGAACAUACAUACCAGGUAUCAAAGACCUCCAGAAGGGACAUUCUAUAAUUGACGUUGGACUCGGCGAUCCAAAAGAGGAUCCUAGACUCUUGAAUCAUACAGCUAAUGAUCCAAUUAUGCGCCCCGUUGAUCCAGAAUUGAACAGCAUUAUAUACAAGCCUAAACCAGAAUUUGGUAGACUACAAUAUUUGGCCAAACGGAAUAAAAUUUUACCGGAGAAGAAGUAUUACUUUGCUGAGUGCACAACUUUCGAGCAUGGUUGGCGUCUUCAGGACUCCGCGUUACGUCAAAAGCCGACUCAUGGAAGGUGCUGGCAUCUGACCAGGGCUUUGCGAAGUAGAGUUGGUCCACAACCAGACCCACCGCAUUACAAGCCGUCAGAACCUCCGGGGGAUAAUAAAUGUGUUGCUUUGUAGGUAGAUGGCACCACAUUAUACAUUGCGAUAUACCUAAUGUAUUCAUAAAAGAUACAGGUGAUCAAAAUUGUUAAUGCUUUUUGCCGUAGAAGAAUUAACUCCAAAUUUUUUGCGUUGGUACAGAAGUCCUUUGGAUAAAAAAGUGUAAAAAAAACUUUUAGUAGCGCCAUCUAGGAUCACUAAUUUACACUGGUAUUAUAUAUACCACUUUAAAUAAAUUGAAGUAACCAGUUUUUUGCACUGAGCUGUGUUUAUAAGUACUUCAUCAUCAUCGUCAUGGACGUCCACUGCAGGACAUAGGCCUUUUGACUUCCAAACAUCACGAUCCUGAGCCGCCUGCAUCCAGCGAAGUACUUAUAUUGAAAUACCAGUUAACUAUCGAAAAAUAAAAUAAGUAGUUAAACAAAUAAACGGGCAGUAAUAAUUAAUCUAUGACUGAACACGUAAAUAAUUUAACUAUUUAUUUAUUUUGUACGUUUAGUGCACCUCUUUUAUUAAUUGUAAUAAAAUUAUUAUCAUUUAGUGGCGCAAAGUAGUCAAGAUUGUUUAGAAAAACCACCCUUAUGUCCAUCUAUACCACUGCGCAAGUCACCCUACGUUUACGCUACGAUUUAUUAUUUAGGGGAGGAGAGGGACGCAGUAUAACCUUAAACGUGUACGCAUGCGUAUAAGGGUUUUUGAGGGUGAAAAUCCUAUGACAUAUUUUAUGGGAAACCACGUCCAUAGUCACGUCAGGGCACCUCGCUAAUGGCGUGUGUUGCCCAAAUUUUAUAUUUCUGUGAUCGUAAUCUAAUAUAAUUUCCUACACUUAGGUACAAAAUGGACUACCAUGCAGCUUUAAUUGUUAUAAAUUUUGUGUGAAAUAGAUUAGUUAUAUUCUAAGCUUAGGAAUAUAAUAUCAAUCUACGCAGUUUGUGAUAUUAUGUGAAAUUAUAUUUGGACACAUUUUACUGAUAAAUUUCUUGCUGAUUAGGAUUCUACCCGGCCGACGCGAUGUUAAAAG